CGCGCCGCCGCCCGCAGCCGCCGCCCACGCCCGCCCCGGCCCCCCGCGAGCGCCGCGCCCGCCCUCCCCGCCGCGCCGCCCCGGCCGCCGCCCGCCCGCGCCGAGAGCACCGAGGACGAGGAUGUCCAACGGUUAUGAGGACCACAUGGCGGAGGACUGCAGGGACGACCUGGGGAGGACCAACCUCAUCGUCAACUACCUCCCGCAGAACAUGACGCAGGAGGAGCUGCGCAGCCUCUUCAGCAGCAUCGGCGAGGUGGAGUCGGCCAAGCUCAUCCGGGACAAGGUGGCAGGGCACAGCCUGGGCUACGGCUUCGUGAACUACGUGACGGCGAAGGACGCGGAGAGAGCCAUCAGCACGCUCAACGGCCUCCGCCUGCAGUCCAAGACCAUCAAGGUGUCGUACGCGCGGCCGAGCUCGGAGGUGAUCAAGGACGCGAACCUGUACAUCAGCGGCCUCCCGCGCACCAUGACGCAGAAGGACGUGGAGGACAUGUUCUCGCGCUUCGGCCGCAUCAUCAACUCCCGCGUCCUGGUGGACCAGACCACAGGCCUGUCCCGAGGGGUCGCCUUCAUCCGGUUCGACAAGCGGUCGGAGGCCGAGGAGGCCAUCACCAGCUUCAACGGCCACAAGCCGCCCGGCUCGUCCGAGCCCAUCACCGUCAAGUUCGCCGCCAACCCCAACCAGAACAAGAACAUGGCGCUGCUCUCGCAGCUCUACCACUCCCCGGCCCGCCGCUGGGGCCCCGUGCACCACCAGGCGCAGAGGUUCCGGUUCUCCCCGAUGGGCGUGGACCACAUGAGCGGGCUGUCGGGCGUGAACGUGCCGGGCAAUGCGUCCUCGGGCUGGUGCAUCUUCAUCUACAACCUGGGCCAGGACGCCGACGAGGGCAUCCUGUGGCAGAUGUUCGGGCCCUUCGGCGCCGUCACCAACGUCAAGGUCAUCCGCGACUUCAACACCAACAAGUGCAAGGGCUUCGGCUUCGUGACCAUGACAAACUAUGAGGAGGCGGCCAUGGCCAUCGCCAGCCUCAACGGCUACCGCCUGGGGGACAAGAUCUUGCAGGUCUCCUUCAAGACCAACAAGGCCCACAAGUAGCUCGCUCUAGCUCGCUCUGGGGCCCCGCCCGCCCGCCCGCGCUCGCUCGCUCGCUCUCUUUUUGUACGGAAUUAGAUGAUGAAGAGCGAAGACGCGGAACCUUCUUUUUUUUUUUUCUCUCUCUCUCUCCCUCUCUCUCUCUCUCUCCCUCGUUAGUGUUCGCCUCGUUUUGCGCCACUUUCCGGGGAGGGGGGGACGGUUGGGGUGGGGGCGGCCCCGGCCCCCCUAGAGCGAGCGAGAGAGCGAGCGGGAGAGCGAGAGAGCAGGAGAGCGAGCGGGAGAGGAGAGAAGGAGAGCGAGAGCUUUUUCCACGCCGCCCGGACGGGACGGGACGGGACGCAGCCGCUCGCUCGCCCGGACGGACGGACGGACGCUCGGGGGAAACUGAGGCACACCCGAGCCUCCCCCCCGCCGCCCACCCCCAGGCCUGGCCCGCGCCGUGCUCCCCCCUUCCUCCACGUCGCCUCCCGCCGGGUCCAGACCGCGACACCGCGACGCGACAGAACGUUUUUUUGGUUUUUUUCUUUGGUUUUUUGGUUUUUUGGUUUUUUUUUUUUGUUGUUCUUUUUGUUUUUUGUUUUUUUGGUUUGGUUUUUUGGUUUUUGGUUUUGGUUUUUUGGUUUUUGGUUUUGUUUUUUGAUUUUUUUUUUUUGUUUUUUGGUUUUUUUGGUUUUUUGGUUUUUGCUUUUUUUGUUUUUUUGGUUUUUUGUUUUUUGUCCUCUCAGCCGCAGCCUCUAACUAACCGGGAAGCUCUUAGGUGGGGGAGGGCGGGGGGCGUCGCGCGGCCGCUGCUUCCUCGCCAUCCUCCUGCGGCCGCGCCGGGGAGGGCGGGAGGACUCCCCACCCCAAAGGAGGCCCGGCCGGGGGCCACGCUGCAUGCCCGGCCUCCCUGAACAGCACUCGGGCAUCCCCCUCCUCCCUGUCCUCCAAUCCUCCCCCUCCUCCUCCAAUCCUUCCCCUCCUCCUCCAAUCCUCCCCCUCCUUCUCCUCCUCCUCCUCCUCCUCCUUCUCCUCCUUCUCCUCCUCCUCCUUCUCCUCCUCCUCCUCCUCCUCCUUUUCCUCCUCCUCCUCCUCCUCCUCCUUCUCCUCCUCCUCCUCCUCCUCCUCCUCCUCCUCCUUCUCCUCCUUCUCCUUCUCCUCCUCCUCCUCCUUCUCCUCCUCCUCCUCCUCCUCCUCCUCCUCCUCCUUCUCCUCCUCCUCCUCCUUCUCCUCCUCCUCCUUCUUCUCCUCCUCCUUCUCCUCCUCCUUCUCCUCCUCCUUCUCCUCCUCCUUCUCCUUCUUCUCCUCCUCCUUCUCCUCCUCCUUCUCCUCCUCCUUCUCCUCCUCCUUCUCCUCCUUCUUCUCCUCCUCCUUCUCCUCCUCCUUCUCCUCCUCCUUCUCCUCUUCCUUCUCCUCCUCCUUCUCCUCCUCCUCCUUCUCCUCCUCCUCCUCCUCCUUCUCCUCCUCCUCCUCCUCCUCCUCCUCCUCCUUCUCCUCCUCUCCCUCCUCUUCCUUCUCCUCCUCCUCCUCUUCUCCCUCCAUCCUCCCUGUCCCCCUCCUCCCCUUCCUCCCCGUCCUCCCGAGGCCCGUCCCCUGUCCCCGCAGCCCCCGGCCGCCGCUCUCCGUCCUCCCCUUGGGCUUUUUUGUGUUGUUUCUUUGGUUGCUUUGGCGAUUUCAGACCAUUAAAUUCGCUUUCGUUUCGCUCC